AUGUCGAUCAUUUCUAAGGCCUUGGCGCAACGUCUCCGCCUGCCUCGAGUCUCGACGGAUCUCUCUAUCUUCGGAAUCGGAGGGACCCGCUCAGGAUCAGCUCGUGGCAAGGUCACUCUGCACGUCACGUCAGACGUGACCAACGCCGAGCUCCGCGUGGUGGCUUGUGUGCUGCCCCGCAUAUCAUUGCAGCAAGGCUCAGUCUCGCGAGAAGAACGCAGCUGGCCUCAUCUCGACGGACUCCAGCUGGCCGAUCCUCGCUUCCUGGACGACGACCCAGCUGAGCUACUGCUGGGAGCCGAGGUCUACUCCUUGAUCCUCGAGGAAGGCCUCCGCAAGGGUGACUCAAGGAUGCCGACCGCCCAGCAGACCAGCCUGGGAUGGAUCCUGUCCGGCGGCUACGACGCAACAGCAAUCAACGGACAUCGCCGCACAUUCCGGUGCACCGCCGAUCACGACCUCGCCGACCUCGUUCGACGCUUUUGGGAGCAGGAGAGCGAGCCAAUAACUCGGGCUCCACUUACUCCCGAAGAAGCUAAGUGCGAGGAAUUAUAUGUGCGCACCGUCACACGCACGUCCACCGGGAGGUACAUUGUGAGGCUACCACUUUCAUCACCGCCGACGAAUCUUCACGAGACUCGCCGACCAGCGGAGCGCCUCUUGAGAACCAUGGAGACCAAAGGCAGCCGAGAUCCUCGAUUUGGCGACCUUUAUCGCAGCUUCAUGCAGGAGUUCGAAGACCUACAACACAUGAAGAGAGUCAACAUUGCAACUACAGCGGAUGACCUCAAGUGUUACUUACCGCAUCACGGGGUCCUGAAGGAGUCGAGCACGACGACAAAACUCCGAGUCGUAUUUAACGGCUCUCAACGCACACAGGCCGGUACUUCACUGAACUCUCAUCUGUUGACUGGGGCGAAUCUUCUGCCAGCGCUCAACGACGUGUUGCUGCGAUGGCGUUGGCACCGGUACGUCUUUGUCACCGACGUAGAAAAAAUGUACCGCCAAAUCCUCGUACAUCCUGAGGAUUGCCGUCUUCAAACAAUCCUGUGGCGUCACAACAAGACGGACGAAAUCCAAGAAUACGACCUGCUAACGGUGACCUACGGCAUGGCUUGUGCACCGUUCCUGGCCAUACGAACGCUGCGGCAACUCUGCGCAGACGAGGGGACGCAAUUUCCUCAAGGAGCCACAGCACUUAAGCGUGACUGCUACGUCGACGACGUGGUCACCGGCGCAGACAACCUCGACGAUGCCAUCAACCUCCAGACGGAGCUGCGCCACCUGUGCACGGCGGGCGGAUUUCCACUGAGGAAGUGGGCCUCAAAUAACUCCGAGGUCCUCGCGGGAGUCCCUCAAGAGCAUCGGCUGCCGCAAGGACCGCAUUCAUGGGACGGAGAGAGCCAUUCGACCUUGAGCCUGCGAUGGCAUCCUCAAGAUGACUGGUUUGCCUUCGCAAUACAUCCGCGUUCAGUCACAGAAUUCACGAAGCGACGAGUCCUCGCCGAGACUGUGCGACCGACCACUGGUCGCGAUCCCCAGGAUCCUGUUGCGGGCGAACGACCCUCGCAGAUGGAUGAAGCAGACCCAAACACCAACGACGGAACACCCAAGGAAGUUCCACCUACCCAGGAAGCGACCUCGUUGGAGAUAGCCGAUGAACGACCCACAAUCAUCCUAGGAGCCACAGCGAGCCCUGAGAAGGAUGAAGGACGUGUCACGGAUAUCCCAAUGCAAUAG